UGGUCGAGCCGCAUUUUCGUUUGUUCUCUAUCGUUUUUUUCAUUUGUGUGUAAAAACCUGAACGACUUUCAUUCUCCGUUGUGUUCUUCUUCUUCUUCUUCUAUGGUUUCGAACAAUCCGAAUCCUUCUGAGGGGUUCUAUUUGGAUCCGUCGGGAAUGGCGUUGCCGGGGCUGGGACCGUUUGCCACCACUAUGGCGGCGUCGGAGGAUAUGUCUAAGAAGAUUCGUAAGCCCUACACAAUUACCAAGUCUAGAGAGAGCUGGACUGAGCCUGAGCACGACAAGUUCCUUGAAGCGCUUCAGCUUUUUGAUCGUGAUUGGAAGAAGAUUGAAGCUUUUGUUGGAUCAAAAACUGUUAUACAGAUACGCAGUCAUGCACAGAAGUACUUCUUAAAAGUUCAGAAAACUGGAGGAGGUGAGCAUUUGCCACCUCCACGACCAAAGAGGAAAGCCGCCCAUCCAUAUCCUCAGAAGGCUUCAAAAAAUGUUGCCAUGCCUUCUCAAGUGUCGGGGUCAUUUCCGUCAACGUCUCCUCUAGUUGAACCUGGAUGCAUUAGAAGGCCAGAAUCAUCUUCAAUACCUGCAUGUCCGGCAACAGGUGGAGCUGUAUCUUCUUGGAUGGUGAACUCUGUUCAGCCACCCAAUUCCGCACAAGUGCCAACAACGACAAAUAUUUGUUGCAGUAGUACUGAAAGCCCUUCAAAAGCACUCCCUCUCGUUGAAACAACUGACCAAGGAAGUAACAAUCAUUCUCUUAGAGUUUUGCCAGAUUUCGCUCAGGUUUACAGUUUCAUUGGUAGUGUCUUCGACCCAAACGCAUCAGGUCAUCUGCAAAAGUUAAAGAGGAUGGACCCAAUCGAUGUUGAAACUGUCCUGCUGCUGAUGAGAAACUUAUCCAUUAAUUUGAUCGGUCCUGAUUUUGAAGAUCAUAGGAAGUUGCUGUCCUCCUACGAGAUCGAUUCGGGACCAAUCCCGCAUGGCGACGUCAACAAGUAUGUCACUGAUCAUAAACCCAGUUUGGUAUCCAACUAGGCACGGGAGGAACUGAUGAACAGCAUACUGCUAUGCAUACGUCCUUUAACAACACGAACAGAAUGCUGACUGAUGCUGAGGGACUACCUGAAAAUAAUUAGCACGAUACCGAUCAUGUAAGCGAUGUUGUGAGGUUGCUUAUAAUUAUAUAUUUUAUCUACUGUGCUAUGUUGAUAUGUUGAUGAGGCUCAUGUAUAUAACAUAACAACCACAUUCUGUCGUGGCCUUUGUUUGUAUAGAUGGAGAGCCCUUGAAAUAGUGCUGUAUAGCCCUUAGGUAGGGAGGCCCAGUAUAUUCAAGUUUUGGCAGUUCAUUUUGUAAACAAUGCUCUUUAUUUUUCCUUGUUUUUUCACCUUCGAGUUAAAGGCAAUAAUACCCAUAAAAUUCACCUGGGACUU